AUGGUUGGAAUGAACCCCCGCAACCCAGAACAAAACUUCAUUUUUUUCGAGCUCGAAAUUGACAGCUUGGUCCGUAUUCUACCUGGAGGGCAUUGCUAUUUGAAGUUAAAGCUUUCAAAAAGUCAAAGUGAUGAACCAAUUUUAUCUGUUGAAGUGAGGAAUCCAGAAGCAGAUAUUGUAUCCCACCAAAUCCCGAUUACAAUAGUACUCUCAAAAUACUGGAACACAUAUGCCAGACCAACAAUCAAACUUAGAAAGAUGUGUAUUAGUAUGCCACCUCCAAAGGCGAUUGCAAGGUUUAUCCACGCAUUCAGAAACAUGAAUGCUCGUGUUGUGAAGUUCACCGCAAGUGUCUCCGGAGAUUUAAGAAUCUCAACGAAAAUUGACCAUGGAGAGAUUGAUGCGUGCUUUUCUGAUCUUCAAACCAGCCCAUCUGAAACGGAUAGUCAGGAAGAAACAGCAAAUGUUCAGCUGAUGAUUAGGAAUAUUCAAUCUCUUUUCCAAAGUUUUGCCCAUACCAGAUCUCGGGUUAAAAUGAACAUCAUCUCAAAUAGGAUGGCUGAGUUCAACAUUCAUAAUGAAGACUGCGUUCUGUCAUUUAUUGUUGGAAACGUUUCUGAUUAA